CCCGUUUGGAGCGUUUCGAGCGUUUGGAGGAUCAGAUCCACGUUGCGUUUUGGCUUCAGCUACCAACAACUGUUAGGAAAUUACACACGCGCUGUCUCUCUCGCUCGCUCACUCGUUCGCUGGCCUAGCUCUGUGUGUGUGUUAAUAAUUUUAAAUAAUAUUACGAUUUUUCUGCGACCAAAGGUGCCGAGCCACCAGCAGGACGCUUCAGCGUCGUCGUCACCGUGUGCGUUGUGACCAAGAAAACGGAAAAUUUUUAAAUUGUUCUACAAAUACAUAUUGAGAAAAGAUAUAUAACUACAACUGCAACUGCGUCGUGCAUAAUCUUGUGAUAUAUUAUUUGCCCCUCCUUCUGCAAAACAACGAUCCCUGUGCAAUUCUCCGCAACAAAAAAUUAAUCAUAAUUAAUAAUAGUUCUGCAAAAGCAAGCAGAUAGAAGCCACAUAAAAAAUUGAAUAGAAUACAACUGUGAUUUAAACAAAACUCUGAGUUUUUGUUUUUCAAAUUUGUGCAAAUACCACAAAAGUCGAAAUAUUAAAAAAAAUCUACGGUUGCAACAAAAUCUGCCUGGAGAUUGCAGCAUAUCCACAGUCACGAAGCGAAAACUACAAGAGGAAGCCGCAGUCAGCCUGGAUAAUUGGACGAACUGAUUAACAAAACAGUUAAAGCAACAGUAAAAAUAUUAACGGCGACGAAUCAACACGCUUCCACACACACACCCACGACUGACAGAGUAGAGUGCAGGAAGGAAAGGAGCAGUCGGCUGCCGCUCAACAGUCAGCAGCAAACAAACGGAACUUCGCUGGGCGAAAGUGAAGAUAUAAAAAUAAUAAACAGCCAAGACACUCGCUCGCAAUUGCGCAGACAAAUAGAGGCACUGUAGCUUCAGCCAUGGAACGUGAAUCGAAUCCAAUGCAACCCAUGUGCCGCUCUGGUUGCGGCUUCUAUGGUAACCCAGCCACAGAUGGGCUCUGUUCGGUGUGCUACAAGGACUCGCUUAGAAAAAAGCAACAGCCACCUGUGAGCAGUACACCUGUCUCGGUUCCAAGCCCACAGCCUAGCCCCACAUUCAGUCCGGCCAUUGCAAUCACCAACACCGCACAGCCCACAGUUACCAGCUUACAACAGCCACACAAUGAUGUCAAAGAGAAAAUCAUCGUAGAAGCCGCCGCUGCUGCUGCUGCCAAAGUCAAUACUGAAGCCAUCACAUCGGCGACCGGUCCAAAUACUUCCACACAAGCAGCCGCCUCCGCCAACGAGGAGGAUGACAAGGACAAGGAAGAUGAUAAGGAUGCCAAAAAGAAGAAGAACCGAUGUGGCGAAUGCCGCAAAAAGGUUGGACUGACUGGUUUUCAAUGUCGCUGCGGCGGAUUAUACUGCGCUGUGCAUCGUUAUUCUGAUAAACAUAACUGCACAUUCGAUUAUAGAGAGCACGGUGCACAGGAGAUUCGACGCAACAAUCCGGUUGUCGUUGGCGAGAAAAUUCAAAAGAUUUGAAUUUUGCGAGAUAUUGUGCCAGUAACAGUAAACAGUAACAGUAGCCGUAGAAUGAUAAUAACCACAAUCCCCCUACACAUAAUGAUAUAUAUAGUAUAUAAAAUGCUAUGCUGUAACAAAAUCUACAAAAACCUACCACCACACACACACACACACAAACACAAACACACCAUAUACACACACACACACACGGAAGAGUAGUACUAUAAAAAAUUAAUGUAAUUAUAAUUGUAAAAGAAGCGAAAGGCGAGAGCCGAAAGCCAAACAAUAGUACAGAGAAGAGAAACGAUAACCAAAUACCACGCAUAAAGUACACCUGGAGCAACAACAAAAAAGGGAAGAGCAACAGCCCCGGGCGAUCAGGAUCGGAUCAUCUCAGUGAGGCAGGAGCAGUGCGAGCAGGGACUACGAAUUGAACCAGACACGUAGCAGCGCUAGCAGCAACAAAAGAAAUUCAACAACAGCCUCUGCACAAGAUUGAGUGCUUCUGCUGGAGCCAGACUUCGCCACGUCGUUUUGGAGCCCCUUUUGUUUUGCUCCACCAACAAAGAAAAACACCAUUUUGCAAAUUGUUUGUAUUUAGCAACAGCAACAGCAACAGCAACAGCAAAAACAUUCAACACUUGCAACAAAUAUGCAAUGACAGCAAUGCACACACACAAACAACAACAACAAGAACAACAACAAUUGUUUCACGUUAUUGAAGAACGAAACAACAGCAACAACAGCCUUUUCAGACAAUGUGGGUCGAAUGUUUUUUGUAAUUUGUUGAAGUGUAUUAAAAAAAAUUUAAAAUAAUAAAAAACUAUAAAAAAAGAACAAGUA